AUGCCGCCCCGUAAAACUGACAAUGCUCGACAGAGCAACUUAUCUAUGGCCCAGUUUGUCUAUGAUGGUUCUGAUGCCGAUGUCGAUACUUCUUCUACUUCCCUCCGCCCUAUUAUUUCUGUUCCUGCGCGAUCUAAGCCUGUACAGCCCCAACCUACGCCCUCGAUAGAGAUGGAUAUCCCACGACCUGCGGAGGCUGCUGCAUCGCCUACGGAGAAAGACAAAGAAAGAAAAGAUAGUACUUCUAAGGACAAUGUAACUAUCGAGGAUGUCACCCUUCCGAAGUCAAUAAUAAUGCGCCUCGCCAAGGGUGUCUUGCCUCCGAAUACUCAGAUCCAAGCGAAUGCUAUCCUGGCCAUGAGCAAGAGUGCUACUGUAUUCAUUAGCCACCUUGCCAAUGCAGCAAACGAGCAUACACAAAGCUCUAACAAGAAGACUAUCAUGCCUGCUGAUGUCUUCACCGCGCUCGAUGAUAUCGAAUUCCCUUUCUUCCGCGAAAGACUCGAGGCUGAAUUCAAGAAGUUUAACGAGACCCAGACGACAAAACGCAAUACUUAUCGUAGAAAGGUAGCUGCUGCGAAGAAGGCUGAGAAGGCUGGCGUAGAUCCCAAUUCCUCUAUGAUGUCGGCUACCUCUACCGCAGCUGCGAGUCAGCCGGAUUCAUCAGGGCCACGCGCCCUGAAGAAACAGAAGCCCAAUGCGCCUGAUGACUCGGCUAUGGACGUAGAUAUUGGUGACGAGCCACACGAACAUAGCGAUGCUGAGACGGAACCGGAGCCAGAACAAGAAGACGAGGAAGAGGAUGAGAACGAGGGCGGCGAAGAGGAGGAAGAGGAAGAGGAAGAAGAUGAGGAGGAGGAGGGGAAUGACCCUGACCGCCUAGAGGACCGCGAACAUCGUGAUGAUCACGACGACGCUCUUGAUGACGGAGACAGUGACUGA